CUUUGAGAGAUCAAGAUUUUCGAAUUUUGAGUCUUUUAGAGUCUGUUAUUACUAGGUUGUAUAGCAAAUUGCAUAAGUUUUCAGAGAUCGAAGUUUGAAUUAUCAACGUUUGACUGUAUAUAAUAAAUGAAAAUAUGGUGGGGCAUAAUGUUAAUUAAAAAUUAAGUAUUGGCAGUAUCCAUAUAUGCUUUAACAUUUCAACUUUUAAUUUCAGAGGCACAAGAAUUCCUGGAAAUCAGCCAGGCUAUGGCUUUGGUAUGAUGCCUGGUAUGCCAGGUCAGUUCUUUCAGCCAGGGAUGCAAAACUACCCCAUGAUGCAACAGCCAAUGAUGAUGGCACAAGGCGUAGCACCACAAAUGUAUCCGAUGCAGCAGAUUCCGAUGGUUCGACCACAGUCUGCUCCGCCACCCUACACUUCACAUCUGGCUGAGGCAUACAAGGCCAAAUCCGGAUUCAGUGGCACUGCCUCACGGCAGCGGUCCCAUGGUCCCCCGAUGUCAGAAGAAGAAAUACGAAAAGCUCAGUACUUUCAAGCUCAACAGCAGCGACUCAAACAGUUUGGUAAAGGAGUUCCCCAGACCACCUUCAUCCCCGACGACCCUACGAAACUGGUCGAUUCAAUAUUUGGAACAAAUAGUGUGAAAUCGAAACCAAAACCUACUAUGACUCAUGAAAAGCCAGCAGUGGUGACCCAGAGUAAGGUAGAUGAUGAUGAUGGUUUUGGGGAUUUCAUGGAGGGACCUUCAGUGAUUACUACAUCAGUGACCAACACAGAACAACAUAGUGUGAUAAGCCAGGUUAUACACCAACAAACCGUGGAACCACAGAGCCCUACGUCUCUUGGGCCACAGUGUCCUCAGGCUGAGAAAAAAGACUUGAUGUCCAUGAUGAUGGAGUGCUCGGACUUGAAUCAGCCAGCGAAGGCGAAACACUUCCAGAAGCCGAGCCUAAAGGAAGUGCACGUGACUCACGCCCACAACAAAACCUUCCAGCAGAGUGGCCAGUCCCGCUGCUGGACCUCCACCGACGAGCUCAUUGGACUCUUCAAGUCAGAGAUACAGUCACAACCUCCACCCAAGCAAGUGAAGGUCCGACGUCCGUCAGGCUCCAAACAUGUGGCUACCACGAGUGCCGGUCUUCCUCUGUGGGUUGAAGCGACCGAUGAAAAUCUACCAGCUGUUUACAGACAGGUUCUAGAAGCAGCAUCUGGCCUAAAUGGUAUUGAGACGGCCAAGUUAUAUCCAAUACUACUUCUAAGUGGUUUGCCUCGUGAGGUUUUAGGCAGUAUUUGGCAGCUUGCCAACAGAGAGAAUCCCGGGCAAGUGACACGUUCAGAGCUGUUUGCAAUCCUUGCACUGAUUGCACUGGCCCAGAACAAUUACAGUGUUGCAUCACUAGAGAUUUUGACGCGAUGUCCUCAGCCUCCAGUUCCGUUCCUCGGACAGAACGCCAUUGCCCCAGCUCCCGGUCCUGACCCGGCUAUAGCUCCUGCUGGUGUAGUCAACUCGGCAGUUCCUAGUCAACCUCUCCACGCUGUCAGUCAGGUGAUGCCCGGUACGGUCCCGGUUCCUGAGAGCCAGAUUCACCUCCAGGGUUUACCUGCUCAUGCAGGUCCUGUACUCCCGGAUACAGCAGCUGUGCUAGGCAUGGGUCCUGUAUUAGCAGCUCAUCCAGCAUCUCUACCAGCUCUUCAAAGUAUACCCAUGACGGACACUGUUGCCCAGCAGUGUCCUCCGGUUACCAUGACGUCUGCAGUGAACAGUGUGGCUGCCCCAGCCUCAGUCCACCACCCCAGUGACGGCCUACCACAGUCAAAUCUAUCCGGGUUCCCAGUACCGCCCAGUCAACCAGUGCAGGUUCUGGGGUCUAGUCAGAAUCAAACCGUUUCACUGGCACCUCCAUAUUCCUCUGUAGUCCAGACCUCCAACCAGUUGGCUGAUAAUGAUGAUGAUGAUUUUGCCGACUUCCAGACUGCAGCUGAUGUAGCCAAGAAAACCGAUGACAGUUUUGGAGAUUUUAUCGGUAGUGAUAAGAAACCACCAGUUAAGCAAGAUUCUUUAUAUGAUGUUUCCACUGCAGCAUCAAGUAUUGAGAUAGAACAGGUAUCUUACGAUGACAAAUACAACUCAAACAUCCGCAGUUUCUUCUGCAGUAGCGACUCUUCCACAGGUCAUACGACUCCCAACAGUCUGGAGGAUGAUUUCACGGACUGUCGAGACAGCAGUCAACUGAGCACCUCUGAACAGUCGGAGAAUGAAGACAUCAAGGUGUUCGAGUCGUAUGUCGAAGAAUUCAACCGCAAAAAGGAUCAACAGAAUUUCAGUCCAUUGCACCGGCCUAUUGCCAGGCGGCCCCCAGCAACUGCCAACCUGCCAACCAGCAUUCCAUCAGUUCCUCCAGUUCCUCCUCCAACCAACUUGACGGGUGAUGAUUUUACCGACUUCAAAGUUGCUCCUGUGUUUACACAAAAAGUACCAACACAGCAUCCAGCUGUUGCCAGUAAGGACACGUUAUUACAUGCAGCCAAGAUGUUGGAGGUGGUAUCAGCAGUUCAACCAGGGGAUGAUGACUUUUCAGACUUUCAGGAAGCACCAGUGAAAGAAGGUGACAAAAUGAAGCCUUCGUCUUCUGGGUGGAAUCUUCUUGGGGAAGAAGACAAGUACAGUGCACUGAGAAUUGUUGAGGAAACCACAGUUAUUCCAUCAAUUUUCAACCAGGAUGCAGAUGAUGAUGUGGAUGGGGGUUUUGCCAACUUUGAAGAAGCAGAAAAAGAUAACAAUGAAUGGGCAGCCUUUGCUGAAGCAGAACCAGCACAGCCGUCUGCUGAUGAUACCAAGGAUGGAACUCAAGACUCUUUAUCUGUUCCUCCAGGACUGACAUCAGCAGGGUCUGUUUCUCAGCUGAGAGAUGAAGUGUAUCCAGCUGGACUGAAAUCUGUUGAAUCAGCUCCAGUGUUGGGCAGCAUUACAGGUUCUGAAUCAAAAUCACCAUUGGACACAUCAGCAUUCUUUGGUGCAGUACCUAGUCUGAAUGAGUCCCCACGCACAUCAGUGGAGAAGGCCUCCAUACUGAGCCUGUAUGGCUCUGCUGAAGGUAGAAAGGAUGAGGAUGAAUGGGCAGAUUUCGAGGCUGCUCCAGUUCCUUCUUCUGACAAUGCUCUGUCUAAGUCCACGUUCAGUGUAGCUGCUCCAACACCACAGAUGGGACACACAUUAUUACCCGAUGCUGAGAGCAAUAAGAUCUUGUUUAGUUCUGAUACCAGUGAUAAAACUAGUCACCUGGCCGGAGUGCAUGAUAAGAAUACAGUAGCAGAUCGAUUUGGUGAGGUCAAUCAGAUUAAUAAUGUCCAUCCACAAGACAACCAGCUUGAUAAAGCAGAUGGGUCUUUGCCACAGUUCUCCACUUCCAGUCUGCGUGGGAGUUUUGCAAAUUCUUCAGAAAUACUGACGGUGAAAAAGACCAAUUUACCGUCUGAUGAAAUCAUGGGAGUGUUUAAGAUAAGAGAAGACCCUUCAGUUCUCGCCAGGUUGAGACGACCUUCUAAACCAACACCCGAGCAGCAGCCUCAAGCACAUCGAGCGCCAUCACAGGAAUCCGACAUUGACGACGACCGACUGCCUCCACCAAUGGAUUUCCCAGAUGAUGAUGAGGACCACAUUGUGUUCUCCCGUGGGUAUGACGGGCUGGAUGAGAUCGUCAACAAGCCGGUAGUAACAACCUCCUACAACCCAUAUGGUCUGAGCAACAGCUCCCAUUUAUACAUGACCUCUUCCAUGGCUAAUAACAAGCAUAUGACGAAAACGGCGAGUUCGGGUUUGAGUUCAGGUGGUUUGAGUUCAGAUGGUCUGGGUUCAGGUGGUGUGGGUUCAGGUGGUUUGAAUAUGAAUAUGGGACGACCUGCUCAGAUCCAUCCUGGUCUGGCAGGAGAAAGACCUGACGAUAACGAGAGCUCUUCAUCCAAGGAUCAAGACAGCUGGACAUGGAAGGAGAGACAGGACGGAAGCAGGGAGGACAGCCAGUCUAUAUCUAGUCUUGACCUCAACCAGAGGCUCGCCGUCCUGCACAAGGACUCGGACAGUGGAGGCACGGACAGCCAGUCAGUGUCAAGUGCAGAGUUUGGCAACUUCGAAGGCUUAUCCAGGGAGAUGGCCGAAUCAAAGUCAGUGGACAGUCUGGAUUUGAAAAAUGAGCCACAGCCUGAUGAUGAGUCGGCUGGUUAUCCAGGAACACAGGCACCGAAUCCUGUAACAGGUUCAUCUUUCACUCCUGUGGUAGCACAAAAUCUUGUAAUAUCAGGCAGGAUGCGGCCGUUAGCAGAUCGCUACAAUAUCGGGGAUGAAGUUCAGGACAACAACAACCAUGAGUAUGCCUGGGAGCGUUGCCUUGACAACUGUUGCCGUAUGAUUCAGGAUGCUAACACCGUGUUUAAUUCAGUGAGCAGUUCCUCAGUGUGUAAUGAAGUGAUACGGUCAUCGCAGGGAGCUGAAUAUGUCACAGGAAUCGCUGAGAUCUACAAAGUGGUGUGUCGAAUCAUGGCUACCAUGAUGUCUUGUGGAAUCAAGACUCCUACUCUGGAGAAGCUGUUGAAAGAGAUUGACCUCAGCUGGAACAACCUGACAGCAUUCUUGAUGGGAUCCUCCAUCUUGCCUGACCCAAAUACUCUGGAUUUCUUCCAUGCUACGAUUAAGUCCGCCAGUGAGCUGUCGCAGGAGAAAUCGUGUGGUGUGUGUCUGCUCAAUGUUGAUGUCAAGGACAGAAGUCUGGCUGAUGAAAACGGAGUGGUCAAGCUGAUGUAUGGUGGCCGGCAGUACCACGCGCCUUGUGCAAACUUCUGGGUCAAUUGUGUGGACUCAACUCUCCCCGCUCUCCGUCUGCCAGAACUUUUAUAGCACAGUCGCCAUGGCAACAUCUGUUUAAACUGAAUGGGUUUGACUGUUCCCAGGACAUUUAGAACACAGUUAUCAUAAUAGUGGGCACAAUUUAGAUCACACUUAGCACAAAUGUGUGUGUGUGAGAGAGAGAGAGAGAGAGAGAGAGAGAGAGAGAGAGAGACAGAGAGAGAGAGAGAGAGAGAGAGAGAGAGAGAGAGAGAGAGAGAGAGAGAGAGAGAGAGAGAGAGACACAGAGAGAGAGAGAGAGAGAGAGACACACACACACAGCCAGCUUUAUUCUCUUAACAUUCCACCUUACAGAAUAGUUUUAGCACGGUUGUCAUGGUAACAUCGGCACGGACUGUGAAGGCUUGACUCGUCUAGUAUUCCCUCUCCCAGAACUACAGCACAGGUGUUAUAGCAACACAGUUGUUGAUAUAAAUGGUAAAACCUUUCCUGGAAGUUUUUAUCCACAGUUGUCAUAGCAACAUCUGUGUUGUUGGAAGACACACACACACUUCCAUCAACAUUACCAUCAACAUUACCUUGUUAGCACUAAAUCUUAACCAGCACUGUGCUCUCCAGCAUUUAUAGCAUAGUCAUGACAAACUGUCCAGGCACAUGUGCAGAAGGAUGGCUUCAGGUGGUUGAAACUCAUUUCUGCUCAAGUGAAUAUUCUUUUCUACCUAUAUAUUUUCUGGGAAGCAUGACACAUCCCUCCCCUAGGAAUUUCGCUCACCACAGUUUAGACCUCCUAACCCCCUGCAUAAAAUCAUUCACACACACAUAAAAUCAUUCACACACACCUGCUUUCCCAGUUCUUGAUAUCGUCAAUAUUUGUCAUAGAGCAGUCAUCAUGACAGCAUCUUGGUUGUGUCAACUCAGUUUGCAGUAUUUCAUCUCCAAGAAUAUUGAUAGCAUAGUAUAGUUACAUCAGUGUCUAGGUAGUAGAGUUGUCAUGGCAGCAUCUUCAUGGAGUAUGUUGAAGGAUCUCUUUUCUAACUCUAUCUCCCAGAAUCCUGGUACCAGACACAUUAGACAUUUCCAAGCACUUUGGUUGCAUAAUAAUUUGUAGCACAAUCAUAGAGGCAGAAGUAUUGGAAAAAGUAUUCAAGACUUUUUUCUGUAGAAGAAAACUGAAAUAUUUGUUACAUUAUUGUUUUGGUUACACACCAUCAUUCGAUCCUUAAUGCAUUUCGAUGCAUAUAUUACCACAGAAUAAAUUACAUGAAAAAUAGCAUGAUAUCACAAGCAAUAAAUGAACCUAAAGUCAAUUGUUGUGGCUUUGAAAAAAAAAUCAAAAUAGGUUGACCAUAAACAUUUUUAGCCAGGGCACGUUUUCAUGUUGCUCUUAGAUACCCAUGUCCAUGUGACCACAUGUCAAUUUAGAAAUGCCGUUAGUAAUGACAGUAACAAGUAAUGUAUAAAGACUGGGCUAUUUAAAUAUUACAGUGUCAACCUAGCUGUAAUUAUCAGAUAAAACUUUGUUAAAGCCGUAUUUACCUUAGUUCGAUACCAAAUCGUGCUGGGGUGUCAUUAAAGAUUUAUUCAUUCAUUUGAUCACUUUUUAAUUAAUGUUUUAAUGAAGCAGAGGCAGAUUUGGGGUGGGGGGGGGGGUGCAGGGGAACGCCACCCCCUA